UCAUGUGAUCGAGUGUCAAUUGUGUAAACAAACCGGUCACAAAUUCAGAUGCACCCUGCUAAAUUAACAAUGAAAGAGUUGGCUUUCAUUUUUCUGUUCGCAUUUUCUUCAGUUUUGGGAGAAAAGUUCACCCCGACAUGGGAAAGUAUUGAUUCAAGACCGCUUCCAUCGUGGUAUGAUGAAUCAAAACUCGGGAUAUUUGUCCACUGGGGUGUCUUUUCAGUUCCCAGCUUUUCUUCUGAAUGGUUUUGGCAUGACUGGAAAAUGUCUAAACUACCAGGAAUCAAACAGUUUAUGCAAGACAACUACAAACCAGAUUUUACAUAUGCAGAUUUUGCAAAGGACUUUUCAACUGAGUUUUUCUAUGCAGAUGAAUGGGCACGGAUUUUCAAUUCAUCAGGUGCUCGAUAUAUUGUGUUUGUAAGCAAGCACCAUGAGGGAUAUUCUAACUACCCUUCAAAAUAUGCAUUCAGUUGGAACUCUGUGGAUGUUGGACCACAAAGAGACAUUGUUGGAGAGUUGGCAGAUGCUGUGCGUAGUGGCACAGACAUGCACUUUGGACUGUAUCAUUCCCAGUAUGAGUGGUUCAAUCCCCUCUGGCUGCAAGACAAGGCAGAUAAUUUCACUACACAGGACUUUGUUAAAUUCAAGACAUUGCCAGAAUGGUAUGAAAUAGUGAACAAGUAUAAACCUGAUAUUGUCUGGUCUGAUGGUGAUUGGGAGGCUACUGAUGAAUACUGGCAGGCCAAAGAAUUUAUAGCUUGGUUAUAUAAUGACAGCCCAGUAAAGGAUAAGGUGGUGAUCAAUGACCGGUGGGGAUAUGGUAUCGGUUGUCAGCAUGGUGGUUUCUAUACAUGUGGAGACAGGUACAAUCCAGGCCAUCUAGUGACUCACAAGUGGGAGAAUGCCAUGACAAUUGACAAAUAUUCCUGGGGAUACAGAAGAAAUGCCCGACUUUCUGACUAUCUCUCAAUGGACCAGCUGAUUGAAACAUUUGUUAAAACUGUCAGCUGUGGAGGUAAUAUGUUGUUGAAUGUUGGACCACGCAGUGAUGGUAUAAUUGACCCUCUUAUGCAAGAAAGGUUACAACAGAUGGGUCAGUGGAUGAACAGAAAUGGUGAGGCCAUAUAUGGUACAAGGCCUUGGACAUACCAGAAUGAUACAGUUAACCCUAAUGUGUGGUAUACCAACAAGACAACAAAUGGAGUGACUGUAGUGUAUGCUAUUUCACUGGUCUGGCCAAGUAACGGUUCCCUGUAUCUUGCUUCACCAUUCCCUUCUGUAUCAACAACGGUUGUUUCCCUGCUUGGAUAUGACGGCAAGUUGAGCUGGACACCAGCUAAACCCAAGGGGCUAACCAUCACACUACCUAAACUGGCUCCUAGUGAGAUACCAGGUCAAUGGGCCUGGGUGUUCAAACUGGAGGGACUUAUCAAACAAAAGAGGAAGAGCCCAUUCCAGAUGCCGAAAUUUAAUGUAAAUAAACCAGCACAUCCACAUUACUGGCCAGAUGUGUCUUAUAAUUAAUAUGUUUGGAAGUUUUUUCAUGUUAAUAUUUUAUUUUUUUGGCAUGUUACAUUAUAAGUGAAUGGGUAAAUUUCAAGUAUUAAACUCAUUUUCUUUGAAAUCUGUAGUUCUUCAGUCUUCACAAAAUGUUUAGUCUACACAUUCUUUAAAAAAAAAAUAUUUUUUUCCAUCCAAAUAAAGUUACAGGUAUACCUAAACUGUUAAUGAUAUUUUUUUCUACUUUGCAAAAGUUGCUAUUCAAGAUCUAAAAUUGUGUAUUUCAUCUGUAAAACUUAUAUUUGGAGAAAUGGAAAACUUCUAUACAAAGAAAUUGAAAGAAAGUGCCUUGCUGUAUUGUGUACUACAUUACGGAUCACAUAAAUUACUUUGGUCAGUUUAGGUGCUUGAGCCAUCAAGGCUGAACUGAGCUGUGUUACACUGUAUUAAAUAGUAGAAUGUUAUUUCAUGUACAUUCCUCCCUGAACUUUUCAAUGUUUUAUUAUUAUUAUUGUAGAAACAUGUACCUCCACAUUUGAUGUUAUACUGCUGAUGUGGUUUUUUUUUUUUUUUAGCUCACCUGAUGGUGAGCCUUUCUGACUGCUCAAUGUCCGUCGUGUGUCGUCCGUCGAGUGUCAGUCAACAUUUUCCAUGGCAACCAAAAGGAAAAACGUUAAAAAUCUUCUUGUCCAAAACCACAGGGCCUAGGGCUUUGAUAUCUGGUGUGUAGCAUCAUCUAGUGGUCCUCUACCAAGAUUGUUCAAAUUAUCCCCCUAGGGUCAAAUAUGGACCCGCCCCGGGGGUCACAUGGUUUAUAUAGACUAAUAUAUGGGAAAACUUUGAAAAUCUUCUUGUACAAAACCACACGGCCUAGGGCUUUGAUAUUUGGUAUGUAGCAUCAUCUAGUGGUUCUCUACCAAGAUUGUUCAAAUUAUCCCUCUAGGGUCAAAUAUGGCCCCGCCCAGGGGUCCCAAGUUUUACAUAGACUUAUAUAUGAAAAAAAGUUAAAAAAUCUUCUUGUUUGAAACCACAACACUUAGAUCUGUGAUAUUUCGUUUGUAGCAUUGUCUUAUGGUCCUCAACCAAAAGUAUUCAAAUUGUACCCUUGGGGUGAAAAGAGGCCCUGCCCUGGGGGUCCAAAGUUUUAUAUAGACUUAUAUAGGGAAAAAACUAUAAAAAUCUUCUUGUCUGAAACCAUAUGACCUAUGCUUUUGAUAUUUGGUAUGAUGCAUUGUCUAGUAGUCCUCUACCAAAAUUGUUCAAAUUAUGCCCCUGGGGCUAAAAGAGGCCCCGCCCUGGGGUCACUUAAUUACAAUGUGAGUUAUAUAGAAAAAAUACUUAAAAAAUCAUUUGAUCCUAUUUCCAAGACUGUUUAAUAAUAAUUACCUGAUGACCCCAAGUAAUAUGAUGUCACUUGACUGUGAUCUUGACCUGCUGACCUACUUACUUGUUUUUUAAAGAUACAGCCUUGAAAUUUUGAUGACAUACACAGUUUUGCACACCAGUCGUAAAACUGAAUAUCAUUGACCAAGAAUGUGACCUACUGACUUUCUUAAUAUUUUAUCGUCAAUUUGAUCUUUGAAACAUGUAGCUCAUAUUACUCAGGUGAGCGAUCCAGGGUCAUCAUGACCCUCUUGUUUGUCAUUAUCCUGACUGUGAUAAUGAAUUUCAUAUAAUGGAGAAUGCUGUGAUAUGUGAUAUUAAUUUCAUUCAGGGCAACUGUCUCAUUAAUAUUUAUAGGGACUAACUUUUGUGGAUUUUUGUAGUCAGUUCACUCAGCCAAAUUAAAUCCUGAAGAAAAAAAACAGUUUCCAUUUAAUUUAUGUCCAGAUGUUGAAAUCCAUGAAUUUGCUUCUCUAUGAAAUAGCCAUAUUGGCCCAAAACAGGAAAUGAGCCGCACCAUGAGAAAACCAACAUAGUGCAUUUGCGACCAGCAUGGAUCCAGACCAGUCUGCGCAUCUGCCCAGUCUGGUCAGGAACCAUGCUGUUAGCUUUUAAAUCCUAUUGCAAUUAGAGAAACCAUUAGCGAACAGCAAUAAUCCUGACCAGACUGCGUGGAUGCACAGGCUGGUCCGGAUCCAUGCUGGCCGCAAAUGCUCUUAGUUGGUUUUCUCAUGGUGCAGCUCAAAUAUUGUGCCAUUGAAAUUAAAUGAUUCCACAGUUUGUCAGAAAGAAGUCAGUAUGUCAGAAGGAAGUUAGUUUGUUGUAUAAACAUAAAUGGCAUACAAAUGUUUCAUGGGUCCAAAACUGAAUUAUGAUAAAAUAUCAGUAAUUUAAACUAAGAUUUGCAGAUAUAUAAAGAAAUUAUCAGCUAGCAGCUAGCAUAGUAUUUAUGGUGUAAGUGCAGUAUUGUGUGUAACAGCAUUCAAGUUUACACUUCAUAAACAUUCCAGUAUUUUUCUACACCCUAGAGACGAGACCGUGGCCACUUGGCCAGGUGGCCUGCCCUAAAGUCAUCCGCUUACUAAAUUAAGCAGUUCUUAACCAGUGUUCCCUAAACGGGGUAUCGAUGUUUAUGGGCAUAAUACCUCAGCCAAGUUCAGUAACCAGCCGGAUUGUUUCAUA